GAACGUCAUUACGCAGGUAAUUUAAUCCAUAAUUUCUUCUCAUCAUCAUCAUCAUGAAGACGCUCAUCAUGUGUGCCAUCCUUGGCAUUGCGACAGCGCGGCCCCAAAACCCCCAAGACGCCUACAUCACCCGCUACGACAACGACAACGCCGGCCUGGGCGGCUACUCCUUCGGUGUGGAGACAAGCGACGGCUUCCGGCACGACCAGACGGGGGAGAUCGUGAACCCGGGGGCUGAAGACGAGUCUCUUGUCGUCAGGGGGUCGUAUUCGUACGUGGGCCCCGAUGGGGUCGUCUACACUGUGGAGUACAUCGCCGACGAGAACGGUUAUCAGCCUGCGGGCGCACACAUCCCCCAGUCAGCGGGGGUGCGAAAACUGGGCAUUCCGGCGGCGGCGCAAGCGUCGCUAAUCGGGGGCGGUUUGGGGUGAUUAGACUGAGAAUAAAUGCUUUGUACAUAAA